AUACGCGUGGAAAUGUUGGACGCAAAUGCAGAAGUUCGUAGGACUUUAUCAACGGAAUUCGUCGACUAUAUCAUAAUUUAAAAUAUUAUUUUAAUGUUAUUGUACCUAUACUGUACUUGAGCCUUUCAGGCGUUUAUACGUAUAAAUAUAAUAUAUUAUCACUUACACCACAAAUACACCGCUUGCAGGUCGUUACGACAAAUUUUUUUGACUGUUUUUGGAAUUUAUCAUAUAUUACAUAAUAUUAUAGAUACCUUCGGACGAGCUGCGCCGUGAAAAUCAUUGACGGAUUACAAAAAUUACUGAUUGAGUGCAAACUUCCGAGAAUUUUUUUUAGUAUUAAUAUUAAUGAUCAUAUUGAUUUUUACAGAAUCGAUUUUUUUUUUUUUGGAUCAUUCGAACGCAAUGGGUGUUGGCUGAAAUUAUUUGGUGAUGAGUGUUAUUUUCUUAGAUCUAUAUGUUUGUUUGGACAAGUAUAGUUACCUAGGACCUAGGUAUUUAAUAAUAUGUAUUUAAUUAUUUGAAUAUUAUUAAUAAGGUGAACAACAUUGUAUUUUCUUUCACAUGUAAUAGCCGAUAGACGCACAUUAUGGCAGACGAAAAAAUGCUCAUGAGCAAGGAUAAGUCUGUAGAAGACGAUAAGCGUCUUAGUGCGUAUUUAGACUUUAUGAAUACCAAGACCGAGUUAACCAGUAUCGAAAAAUUUAGUUAUAAAAAUGACCACGGUAAAUCGCCAGAAGAUGUUGGGGAAAAAUUCGAAAUAAUCAACAAAGCUUCUACAAAAAUCGAAAACGAUGCCAAUAACAAACCACUUUAUAACAGCAUUAGGGUGGAUAUAAAGGAGUUGACGCCGAUAAAAUGUCAACUGUUGACUAAAAGCAGAGAGAGGGCUCACGACAAAAAUCUAAAACGGGAAAUCUACUGGGCCACAACGGAGAAACGCGCCGACGAUGAAAUGUCUGCAGAUACCAAAGUAGAAAAGUUAUCGUUUAAGGACGUAUGGGAAGACCUGCUACCUAUGAAGUCUACCAAACAGUUCUGUAAGUAUUUGAUGGAAAACCCAGAUUUGGAAAAGCCAAAAUAUCUCGUGGACGUCGGGCUUCUUAACAACAAUCAGAAUAACUAGAAAAAAAAUAAUGGGACCGAAAAUCUUCACACGAAAAUACAAAGUAGUUUUUUCCUCGUUUAUAGUAUUUUGUCUGCUGUUGAAAACCCGACGUCCACGAUAUAUUUUGGCUUUUCCAAAUCCUGGUUUUUCGUCAAAUACUUCCAAGAUUUGGUACUUUUCAUUACCCGGUUACAGCAGGUCUUCCUAUCAUAAACGUUCUUAAACGAUAACUUUUCUACUUUGGUGUCAGACAUUUCAUGGUCGGCACGUUUCUCAGAUGUGGCCCAGUAGAUUUCCUGUUUUAGAUUUUGGUCAUGAGCCCUCUCUCUGCUUUUAGUCAACAGUUGACAUUUUAUCGGCGACAACUCCUUUAUAUUCACCAUAAUGCUUUUAUAAAGUGGCUUGUUAUAUGCGUCAUUUAUGACCAUUGUCAUUUUACCAAACCAUAAUAUUAAAUUCAGUGUGCACUGUGGAAGCUAAAACCGUAUUUCAACCAUUGUAAAAAAUCAAAACAUAUAAUAUUAUGUUGAACUAUGUAUUGUAAAUAAUAAAAAAAAAUGAAACAAAUAUU